AUGUUGGUCGGUGAUUUUAACCGCCUGGAUUAUUCAUUCCUUUAUAAUCCUAAUCUACAACAAAUCGUAAAAAAUCCAACUUGCGGGAAUGCAAUUCUUGAUCUUAUCUUUACAAAUCUCUCGCGGUUUUACAGUGUGCCCGAAAUUUUGCCCGGCAUCGGGUUAAGCGACCACAAUUCCCUCAUUACACGCCCCUCUACAAUUACUAAAAAGGCUAGAGCUGAAAAGGUGUUAAGAAGAAGCUCGAAGACCAGUUUUGGAAGAUGGGUUUCAAGUACAGAUUGGUCCUUCCUGGAAAUGCUGCCCAACUGUACUGAAAAACUAAAUACUUUUAAUGAGUUGUUAUGUUUCGCUAUCGACAAGUUUUUCCCCUUAAAAAGCUACAAGCAACACCCAACGGAUAAACCGUGGAUCACUCCUGAAUUAAAGAUCCUUAUAGAACAACGCCAACAAGCAAUAUCUAAGGAUACAGCAACCUUCAAGAGAUUAAGGAAUAAGGUAAAUAAACUUAAUAAUCGAUUACGGAGCUCCUUCUCCGAAAGGAAAGUUAAAAACUGCGGUAAUUCAGCGCUCUGGUUGGAGUCUAUUAAUCAACUUGCUGGUCGCUCGACAAAUAGAAUCGUAUCAAGUAUGAUUGUGUCAGGAGAAAUUCGAGGGACCCAAUUAGCAACUCAUAUUAACCAAAGUUUUCUCUCCACUACAAAUUCCAUGACCCCUUUAUCUGAGUUGGAAAAUAACGAAACAAAUUUUGUAGACUGUAACCUAACGAAAUACCAUAUAUCUGCUCAAGAUGUUUACAAGGAACUUUUAAGUCUAAAAAAGGGGAAAACAUCAGGUCCUGUCAAUAUACCAAGCUGGAUCUUAACAGAUUUUGCUUUUGAGAUUUCCUCACCAGUUGCUUAA